GUUGAUACUGAGCUUUGUCUUUGGGAUUCUUUGGUGAUCACGGCUUCGAGUCGUAUAAUUAAAAGUGGAAACAUAGUGAGUGGUGAUGUAGUUCCAUGGAGUCUUAAAGGUCCUGCUAUUAUUCGUGGGGCAACUUGUAGUUGUGUUCGUUAG